UUGCCGUGCUUGGGCCGAGCAAAGCCAAGCAAGACUGCUAAACACAAAGGACGGAAGUUCGCGCGAAAGGGAGAGUAAUGGCCGAGCACGAGGGAAAGGGUGGCGAUGGAGGCGAGGUGCCGGCGCCUAGGCCCGACUGGCUGCCGGACGGAUGCGAGAUGCUUGCAGAUGGAGAGUACGACGCUAUCGUCAUGGGGACGGGACUCAAGGAGGCUAUCAUGUCGGGACUCCUGUCAACUCUGGGAAUGAAGGUCCUGCACGUGGACCGCAACAACUACUACGGCGGAGAGUGCGCGUCGCUGAACCUCACGAACCUGUACAACAAGUUUAGGCCCGGGCAGCCGCCGGCCCCGGAGCUCGGACACCCCACACGAGACUACAACGUCGACCUCAUCCCCAAGUUCCUAAUGGCCAACGGGAACCUUGUCAAGAUGCUGCUAAUGACCAAGGUGACCCGCUACCUGGAGUUCAAGACGGUGGACGGCAGCUACGUGGUGAAGGGGGGCAAGAUCAACAAGGUGCCGGCGACGCCUGACGAGGCCUUGCGCACUUCAUUGAUGGGCAUCUUCGAGAAGAGGCGCUUCCGCAACUUCCUCCAGUACCUCGCGGGCUACGACGAGCAGCAGCCCGACACCUUCAAAGGUCGGGAUCUGAGGCGGAUGACGAUGCUCCAGCUCUACGAAGACUUCGGGCUGGACGAGAACACCCAGUCUUUCACCGGCCACGCCAUGGCCCUGCAGAGGGAUGACACCUACCUCCACAAGCCGGCGCUUGAGACGAUCAAGAGCAUUCAGCUGUACGUGCGGUCGCUUGAGAGGUACGGCAAGUCCCCGUACAUCUACCCGAUGUACGGCCUGGGCGGCUUGCCGGAGGGUUUCUCGCGGCUGUGCGCCAUCCACGGAGGGACUUUCAUGCUGCAGUGCCCCGUCGAGGAGGUACUCUUCGACGACUCUGGCGUGGCGUGGGGUAUCAAGGCCACCAUGGACGGUGUUCCUCAGGUGGCCAAGGCGACCAUGCUGAUCGGCGACCCCAGCUACUUCCCCAGCCGCAUGGUGAAGCCAACGGGCAUGGUUGCGAGGAGCAUCUGUAUCAUGGACCACCCCUUCAACGGCACCAACGACGCUGAGUCGACCCAGAUCAUCAUCCCGGGAAGGCAGGUGAACCGCCACAAUGACAUCUACGUGUGCAUGGUGUCGUUCUCCCACUGUGUGGCCAGCCCUGGCAAGUACGUGGCCAUCGCGUCCACCACGGUUGAGACCAGCGACCCCCUCGCCGAGCUCGCACCUGCCUUCGAGCUCCUAGGCCCCGUAAUGGAGAGGUUUGACGACGUGUCGAACACCCUUACCCCCGUCGAGGACGGCACCGCCGACCGUUGCUUCAUCAGCGAAUCGUACGAUGCGACCAGCCACUUCGAGACGACUGCGGCCGACGUACAGAGCCUGUACGAGCGCGUGACCGGGCAAAAGAUGGACCUUUCCAUCGACCCGGAGGUGGAGCAGGAGGAGGGCUGAACAACACAAGCAUUGCUGUAGCAGCUGUUAUUGCGUGCCCAGUAGCAGCGGUGCACUCCUGACCUGACGCGAGCACCUUGCUACUCCUGGCUAUCGAGAACGCUAUGAAUUCAUUGCUAAUCUGU